AUGGGGAUCGCUCGUUCAGGCACACAGAAGCUUCCCUCACUGCUUGACAAGCCGAUCAGUUCGCCUGCUACUGAGCAUCAGGAAACUACCUCUCCAUCUCACAGGUUACACGGAGACGCCACUGAUGUUUCCCUCUCAUAUCUAUCACGGCUUAAGCUUUCAACGUUCUUUGGGUCGGCUUGCUCGGUCGAAAUCGCCCUAGAUAAAGACGGGCGUAAAUGUACAUGGCUUUCGAGGGAGAAGAAGGGCGAGAAGCUCCCCAUAUACAGUGAUGUCGAGGACGUUAGCGGCGUGGCGGUACUUAACCUGAAGACCGGAAAGAAGCUGGAGCACAAUGGCAUAAAAGUAGAACUCGUUGGGCAAGUGGACACGUUAUAUGACAGGAGCAGCACAUACGAUUUCUUCUCUAUAUCCAAGGAUCUGGAGCCUCCAGGGUUGCUUUUGGAGAGCAAGAAGUAUAAAUUUAAGUUUAAUGCUGUUGACAAGGCCCACGAGACGUAUUCAGGCAUCAAUGUUCGACUCCGAUACUUCGUUCGUCUUACCAUACACAGAAAUUACGCGAGCAGUAUUGUGAAGGAACACGACUUCGUGGUGCAGAACGUUGGACCCCCUCCGGAGAUCAAAAACUCGAUUAAAAUGGAGGUCGGCAUUGAGGAUUGCUUGCAUAUUGAGUUUGAAUUCGAUAAAAGCCGGUACCACCUGAAGGAUGUUGUCAUCGGAAAAGUUUAUUUCGUACUCGUUCGUAUAAAGAUCAAGGACAUGCAGCUUGACAUUAUUAAGACAGAAACAGCUGGAUGCGGGUCAGCCGCCGUGACCGAUUCAGAGACUCUUUCCAAAUUCGAGAUCAUGGACGGUGCUCCAAUUAGAUCUGAGUGCAUACCUGUGAGGCUCUAUCUGAGUGGAUUGGAUCUAACCCCGACAUAUAAGAAUGUGCAAAACAAGUUUUCCGUCCGUUACUUCUUGAACCUCGUGCUUGUGGACGAAGAGGACAGAAGGUAUUUUAAAAAGCAGGAGAUCAUAUUGUGGCGAAAGAAGAUAGGCUGA